AUGCACAUAUUGGAGAUUCCUGCUUGUGCUAUCACUAAUCCUGGAAAACAAUUAAAGCAUAAGGAGGUUGUGCUCAAAUUUGUUACUGUAGUGGUUAUUGCAUCCUUUCUGAUAUUCUUGUUGGUUUCAAUUUGGAUAAUGAAACGAUACAAGAAAGGAAAGUCUACAGAUGUUGAAAAGAUUCAACGAGCAACAAAUAAUUUUGAUGAAUCCAAUUUAAUUGAUGGGGGAAGCUCUGGCUCUGUGUACAAAGGCACAUUGUUUGGUGGAACUGCAGUGGCCAUUAAGGUUCUGGAUUUGAAAAAUGAGAAAGUUUGCAAGAGGUUUGAUACCAAAUGUGAAGUGAUGAGAAAUGUUAGACACAUAAAUCUUGUUCCAGUGAUUACUACAUGUUCAAGUGACUAUAUAAGAGCCUUUGUUCUGCAAAUUAUGCCCAAUGGAAGCCUAGAAAAUUGGCUGUACAAAGAAGAUCGCCACUUGAACCUUCAUCAAAGGGUGGUCACUGUAAUGCUUGAUGCAGCUAUGGCAGUUGAAUAUCUACAUCAUGGUCAUGUCACUCCAAUAGUUCAUUGCGACCUAAAGCCAGCCAACGUUCUUUUGGAUAAUGAUAUGGUGGCUCAUGUUGGUGAUUUUGGAAUCUCUAAAAUUUUAGCCAUAAGCAAGUUCAUGGCUUAUACCGAGACAUUGGGCACUCUUCGAUACAUUGCACCAGAAUAUGGCUCGGAGGGAUUAGUGUCUGCUAAUGGUGAUGUUUAUAGCUAUGGCAUCAUGUUGAUGGAGGUUUUGACGAAAAGAAGGCCAACAGAUGAAAAGCUGUGCAAUGAAAAUCUUGACCUGAGGAAAUGGAUAAUACAAUCAUUUUCAGGGAGUAUGAUGGAUGCCAAUCAUUUUUGUGAGGAAGUACAAAUCACUUGUAAAACUGAAAUCUGUAUAGCGUCCAUGAUAGAAUUGUCUUUAGAUUGCACAAAGGAAACGCCAGAAUCAAGAAUAACUAUGAAGGAUGUCGUGAAGAGGCUUAAAAAAAUCAACAACACAUUUCUGGAGACAGAGAAGUGA